AUGUGUACAGCCCUGCAAAUACUACAAUCGUUGGCUGUGGAACAGUACACGCGUUGCUCACUAAACCUAACAAUGGUUAUUCGUGUAGUCCUCUUUUUGGCAAUGCUCGGCUGCAUACAAUGCAAAAUAUUAAAUCUUUCAUGUCAACAAAUAAGGAGUUUUGUUGAUGGCCAUAAUAAUAGAAGACAACAGUUAGCUAAUGGCAAAGUGCCCGGACAACCAGCAGCUUCCGUAAUGAAAUAUAUGGUAAGAAGUUCAGUGAUUAGUUUCUCAUUUUGUUAUAAGUUAUACAUGUAGAGAGUGAUCCAAGAGGGAGGGUAGUAUAAUACACCCAUGUAGGCGAAGCCGCUGCUGGAAAGCUAGUAAUUUAAUAAUUUAUAUUUAACUAAAUGAAUACAAAAUCGAUACCGCUGAUAAACAAAAAUUUUAAUGCAAUAUAACGUUUUAAUUAUUACUUAUUAG